ACAUAUAAAGCAGCUUCAAGGGCGAAUUCUUCAUUACAAGCGCGCGCAAACUGUGGAAGUCGGAGCGCCCAAGCUUUUCUUUCAGGUCGCGCGGGAAAGCGGAUUAAAGGCACACAGCCUUAAUUCGGUUCUGUCCGCUCGUAUAUAUCGCGAUCCAGCAGUGAUCACACUUAUUUGUACAACUCGAUGGAUUUUGCCACCACUUUGCGGACUAAGCAGAGGAAAUGGAAAGUUGUGCGGCCAUCACAGACCCCCGCGCUCCAGUGGAUAUCACGUCCUGGGGGCUCCGCUAUGCACGAGUUGUAGUGAUACAAAUUUGUUCCCCGUCGGAACUCGAGUUUCCAUUCAAAGUUUGGGGUUUUAACAGCGGGGAACAUCAUGCACAUAGCGGAGCUCGCGCUAUCUCUCCUGCUCUUCGGGAUCAUCGUAGUGUCGUUGCUGUCCAACGUGGUGGUGCUGAUUUGUUUCUUGUACAACGCAGACAUUAGAAAGCAGGUGCCUGGGUUGUUUAUACUCAACCUGACUUUCUGCAAUCUCCUCUUAUCUGCCUCCAGCAUGCCGCUGACUCUUUUCGGGGUGUUGAGUAAUGCGCAUCCCGGUGGACACGUUUUCUGUCAGGUGGUCGGAUUUCUGGACACUUUCCUGACCACUAACUCUAUGCUGAGUAUGGCAGCGCUGAGCAUCGACCGGUGGGUCGCCGUAGUGUUUCCGCUAAGUUAUCAUUCCAGAAUCCGACACCGGGACGCAGUGAUCGCUCUGGCUUACACGUGGGUCCACUCGCUGUCCUUCUCCGUGGUAGCAGCGUGUCUAUCCUGGGUGGGUUAUCAUCAGUUGUACGCGUCUUGCACUCUGUGUAACAACAGAGCGAUCAACGCCAAAACGCAGUUUGCGAUUUACACCCUGGUGCUGCAUUCGCUCACGUUCCUGUUGGUUUCGGUGGUGCUGUGCGUCACAUAUCUGAAAGUGCUCAAAGUGGCGCGCUUUCACUGCAAGCGCAUAGACGUGAUCACCAUGCAAACCCUCGUGCUGCUGGUGGACAUUCACCCGAGUGUUCGCCAGCGGUGUCUAGACGAACAAAAAAGGAGAAGACAGAGAGCCACUCGCAAAAUCAGCACCUUCAUCGGAACCUUCAUUAUCUGCUUCACACCUUACGUGAUCACCAGGAUUGUGGAGCUAUUUGUGACCGAGCCAUUUAAUCCAUAUUGGGGUGUGCUGAGUAAGAGUCUGGCGUACAGCAAAGCUGCAUGCGACCCGUUCGUCUACUCUCUUCUGCGACACCAGUACCGCAAAACCUGCAGCGACAUCGUCAAUCGGCUCAUGCAGCGCAGUUCCCUGAACGCCUCCCGGCAUCAGCAGGAAAAUGGAAAGAUUGGAAAGACUGAGGAGAUCAGGAAAAUUAGAAUGUCCAAGGAAAUUAUGAAAAAUGAGGAAGUUGAAACCAGACCUACAAACUGAAGACUGCUGUUGCUAUAGAGAUGAACAAUCACAAAGGUAGAGCUUUUACUCUGUACGGAGAGAGAACAAUGAGGGCAGUUGAGACAGUGGGGUGCCAGGCUGCAUUUCUUAACUCAAAAAGAAAUCAAGAUUUAACUGUAGCAAAAGUGAUUUAAGUAGCAAAGGUUUCUUUCUUUCUCCUCUCUCUCUCUCUCUCUCUCUCUCUCUCUCUAUUUGUUCCUCUCUUUCUUUCUUUGUGAGGCUGCAAUCCAUGAGAGCUGCUAGUAAGCAUCAUUCAAAGAGAUUCAGUAAGGCCUAUUGUUAUUGUGGUCUGAUUUGUAACUUAUGUUAUAGUGUUAACGUGCUGAAAUAUAAAUAGGUGACUGCUGUGGUAACUGGAUACUGACAACAAUAUAUGCUUUACCUUAAAACUAUACCACAUGGUAAAAUGUGAGAAAAUAUACAUUUGCCACUAAUAUUGUAAGUGUUUGGACAGAAAACAAGAGACUUUAUUUUUAGAUCAUGUUUUUAGUGAAACUCAAUAACAUGUAUUUUGUGUAGCAUGUAUUGUAUCUUCAGGGUUUAGUUGUAAAGCCUCAAAGCAGUGGGCAGAUCUGUUCUUACGGUGCCUUUAUUUAUUUGCUUUAUUUUAAAACGAAACCUCCUUAGAUUACAUUUUGUAGUUUUCUAUAUUUACGUACGCCUUUGGAAGCAUGUUUUAGCUGGGAGUUGUAUAGGAUUUGUGUUGUAUAAACCAAAGGGAAGAUUUUUAAACGGCAACUAUAAACAAAAAAGGAUAUAGGUAUUUAAAGAGAGUAAACCGCAUAAAGUCGCUUUUCUUACUUGCCUCUCUGGAAUGCUGUCAUAUGAAUUUUUACUUAAUUAUUGGUCCCCUUACGUAAGGACACUGGGGAAAAACCUGCAAAACAUAGAAAGGAAUAAAUUCCCUAAUCGUUCUGUUGAGGUAAAAGUAGUAUUUCAUAAUGCUGUUCUUUGUCUAAUUAUAUAUGCAUAUACGGUUUUGUAUUUUUAAAGAGUAAUUUAUACAGGGUAAUUUAUUACUGAAUGUCACUGUAUAGUAUUAUGUAUUGUUUAUCUUUAUGAGUGUGUAUGCGAGUAUGUGCGCAAAUUGUUUUCCGGCCGUACUUGGAACUGGGACCAUAAUUACGCUUUGAGGAUGUAAAAAUACACGUUUAUUGUUUUUUUGUGCAAAUGUAAAGACUUAGGAAAUGUCUAUUUUUGUUAAACAGGAAAAAUGUAGUUCUAAAUUUUGCUACGUAUAUAUAUUUGUGACUAUAUUGACAAUAAAUGGA